AUGAACGAUUUCAGAGGUAACUCAUACCGGCUCGGACGGCGCCCGGGAAAACAAGGUCCGCGUUCUCUGUUGAGUGACCAGGGCAGAGUCGAUAAAUUGGCGACUGGAAAAAACUCAUAUACCAACUAUACGACAAAAAACACGCAAAAACUAACUCUUGCCAAAAAUUCUUUGACAGUUGGAACAUGGAAUGUGCAGACCCUAUGGGCUGCAGGAAAAUUGGAACUACUGAGAAACGAAAUGAAACGUUUCAAAUAUGAUAUAAUUGGUAUUUCUGAAGUGCGAUGGACAGGAAAAGGUGAAACACCGAACGGAGAUUUCAUCUGGUCAGGAGAAGAAACUGUACAUAUGAGGGGUGUCGGUUUCUUAUUAAGUACACAAGCGAAAAAGGCAUUAAUAGGAUAUAAUCCAGUAAGUUCACGAAUAAUUUCGGCACGAUUUGACGCAACACCGUUCAAGAUAACAGUCAUACAGGUUUAUGCACCAACUUCUGCAUCAACAGAAGAAGAAAUUGAAGCAUUCUACAGCGAUGUUGAAAAAGUAGUAACAAAGACAGAUAAAAAGGAUAUAAUCAUUGUGACAGGAGAUUGGAACGCAAAAAUUGGCACUGGAAAUGCAGAUUGGAAAUCAGUUAUGGGUAGAUAUGGAUAUGGCGAUAGAAACGAACGCGGAGAACGCCUCCUAGAAUUUGCCACCGUACAUGAUCUCUACACAAAAGAUGAUAUCAAAGACAGAUGGACACAGUAUUGUAGCAGUCUGUAUAAAGAUCCUGGUGGUGGUGACGAGGUGGUUGAAGAACUUGAAGACAUCGCCCCUCCCACAGUUGAUGACAUCCAGGACAUCCUGUAUUCUGAGGUUCAAACAGCAAUACAUGCAUUAAAAAGAAAUAAGAGUCCAGGAUCAGACGGAAUUCCAGCAGAGAUGCUACAAGCUGGAGGAGAACCAUUAGCACGUCAAAUCUGUCAGCUCUGUAAUAAAGCGUGGCUUGAAGGCACAAUUCCUGAGGAAUGGGGAAAAUCUAUCUUGGUACCCAUACCAAAAAAAGGAGAUCUCAGUAAUUGUUCUAAUUAUCGAACGAUCUCUCUUAUCAACCACACAGGAAAAGUACUCCUGGUUGUACUAUUAAAUAGGCUAAAAGCUCAUCUAGAUCCAUAUCUUUCAGAAGAACAGGCAGGAUUAUUGGCUGAAAAAGCAAAAAGACAGGGAAAGAAAGUCUAUAACUGUUUCAUUGACUUCCAAAAGGCAUUCGAUACGAUCAAACAUAAAAUAAUUUGGGCUACGCUAAAAUCAUAUGGUGUUGAUACAAAAACAAUCACACUGCUACAGAACAUCUAUGAAAAGGCACAGUCAGCUGUUCGAAUUGGUAACGAUUAUGGCGAGUGGUUUCAAACAGACGUAGGAACAAGACAAGGCGAUCCUUUGUCACCACUCCUCUUCAUCGCAUAUCUAGAAAGGGUAAUGGACCAGUGGACAGGAACUGUUCCACCUAGCGCAAGAUCGGCAGGCGUGGAAAAAUCUGAUCCCAUAAAAUGGUUGGCCCCAACGGGCGCUAAGCCUAAGGGACAUGAUGAUGAUGAUGAUGAUGAUAGCUGUACUGCUUAUCGGACUGGCUCAGAACUUACCAAGAGUCGGGAAGAUUUGUUCUAG